AUGGCCUUUGGUGAGCUUCAAGCCUGUGAGUCUAACCCGGGCUGGACCAUGCUCUCCCUCGAUUUCAAGAGUGCCUUCAACUACACCGACCGAGCACGGCUGCACGAGAUUGUGGCCGACAAGGUCCCUGGCCUUUUGCGCGCCUUUGAACGACACUAUGCUCGACCCACUACUCACUGCAUUGUCGACAAGCUCUUGAACCGUGCUUGCAAGGACACCUUUGUCAAAGCCAUUUUUGCCAAAGUAAACCUGUCUGCACCAGCUGGAGCUGAAGGUCAUGACGUUACGCUGGAACAGCUCCUUGAGGCUCGCCUCUUCACGCGGGCCAACACCGGGGGCUUUGGCCUGCACGACUUGGUUGAGCGCGGUCCGGUGGCUUAUGUCUGCAACAUGGCCAAGCUGGCCACUCGCUACCCUCGGGUCUACGAUCGACUUUUGGAGGAUGCAUCGAGGGCUGCUGACUUUGAGGCCCACGUGCAGCGAGCCGGCUUCCAGAUGGCCACGGUCAAGGACGCGGCGACCCAGCGACCAGCGGAGAUCAUUGCCCUCCGCUCCAAGGCGGCACUGGACGACCUGAUGGCCAAGUGUGCGCUGGACCUGCAGCAGGCAUAUCUGGCCUCACGCGAGUGGGGCGUCAGCACAGUCUUGACCAUGCGGGGUCGGGACAAGUUGCGUCGCUUGAGCGACACGACCUUUGCCAUUGCGGUCGUGUCCAUGAUGGGUUUUGGCCUGCAUGAGCUCAUCAACGUCAAGCCAACGGACAAGUGCCCGCUCUGCAGCAGCAAGACACCUCAGCCGCGACUAACCCGCGAGCACCUGCUGACCUGCCGUCCCAUCAAGCGACACAACGCCCUUCGCGACGAGAUGGGCCGCCUGCUCAGGUACGCCACCCUCUCCCAUGUCUGGGUGGAAAAGUCUGGCUACAACGCCAACGGUCAGAGCUGCCGCAUCGACCUGCACUGCCGCAACCCCUUUCCCGGCGGUGCCUUGGGCCCAGCUCUGCCCGACCUGGGCAUUGACGUGACUGUGCGCACAGCCCAACCCCCGACCACCUCGCAAGCCUGCAUCAAGGUGGGCGCUGCCCUUCGCCGAGCCGAAAAGGAGAAGCGCGACUACUACACCGGUUUCAACCAUGGAAAAACUCUGAUCGUCCCUGCGGCGAUGACGACAACCGGUGGGUUCGCCUCCUCCUUUGUGGAUCUGCUUGGUCAGCUCGCCCGCUGCGCCGAGGCCCGUGGUGUGUACCAGCCGGGGCUGGAUGAGGCCUUUGUUCCCCGGUGGAAGGGUCGCUUUGCGGCGCUGGUCCAUCAGAUGAACGCUGACCACAUCCAGCGCCACUUUGGCGGUGUCACAACAAAGGGAAACAACAGUAGCCACAAGCUUAUUGCCCCAGGGCAGCUGCCCAGGCAUCGUGGGGACCGCGUCACACGCGGUGUUUACUCAUGUGACUGCCACGAGGAGGAUCAAGCCCAGGGGGUCCAAAAGUAG